CGCCGCCGAGGCCACCUCCAGCUCAGGGUAGCGGACCCACCGGCGCAGCUGGCAUUUGCGUGAGCAUCCCCUCCAGUAGUCAGAGCAGCCGCAGCAGAAGCAGAGGUCUGGGUGGCAUUAGCAUUGUUAGCAGCAGCGCUGAGGGAGCAGGAGAAAGCUCCAUGCAGUUCAGCACCAGACCGCCUAGUGCUGAGCAGCCGGGCUUCAUGGGGACAUGGCAGCAGAGCACUGACAGCAACCUCCUCUACAGAAUGUCCCAGCAGGGUGCUGUAACGCGGCUUCCUUUGAAGUGCGACAGGUCGACUAUGGGCCGAGACCUGGAAGAGGCCAUUCGCUGCACUCUGGUGAACUGCACAUGUGAGUGUUUCCAGCCUGGAAAGAUCCACCUGCGAACAUGUGACCAGUGCAAACAUGGCUGGGUAGCUCAUGCUCUGGACAAGCUCAGCACUCAGCACCUCUACCACCCGACCCAGGUGGAGAUCGUUCAGUCCAAUGUGGUGUUUGACAUCAGCAGCCUGAUGCUGUACGGCACCCAGGCCGUUCCCGUCAGGCUCAAGAUCCUCCUCGACCGCCUUUUCUCCGUGCUCAAGCAGGAAGAGGUGCUGCACAUCCUCCACGGUCUGGGCUGGACCCUCCGAGAUUAUGUCCGAGGCUACAUCCUGCAGGAUGCAGCAGGCAAGGUACUGGAUCGCUGGACUAUCAUGUCCAGAGAAGAGGAGAUUAUCACCCUGCAGCAGUUCCUGCGCUUUGGUGAGACCAAGUCCAUCGUAGAACUGAUGGCCAUCCAGGAGAAAGAAGGUCAGGCCGUUACAGUCCCCUCGUCCAAGACAGACUCUGGAAUCAGGACAUUCAUUGAAAGUAAUAACAGGACACGCAGCCCAGGGCUCUCCUCAAUACAUAUGGAAAAUAGUAGCCCUUCAAGCAUUCACCACUUUGAAAAUAUCCCUAACAGUUUAGCAUUCCUUCUGCCAUUCCAGUAUAUUAACCCAGUCUCUGCUCCAAUGCUUGGUUUGCCUCCAAACGGGCUCUCUCUGGAGCAGUCUUCCAUGCGGCUCCGGGAGCCCAGCCUUUCAAAUCAAGGAGAACAAGUGGAGACCAGUGAGUCAGAGGUGUCUCUAUCACCGUUCCGCACUGGUCAGAGCCCUAGUCGAGGGGUUUUAGGAGCCAUGAACAAUAACACAGAACCCAAGAAAGAACCCAGCAACUGUGGAUCACCAAUUUCUCCUUCCCCUUCCCUUCAGCAAGCUCAGCAACAACAGCAAACACAGCUUCAGCAACAACAGCAGGGUCAACAGCAAUCCCAAAGUCAACCUCAACAACUCAACAACCUGAGUGACCACCAGGUUCAUCACCAAUUUGUAAAAGACGAACCCUCCAAAUCUAUCUCGCACUCGACGUUUUCCUCCAAGAUGCACCACCGUAUGCGCCGCAUGGGAACCACCUCACGAAAGGGUCGCGUGUGCUGCAACUCCUGUGGAAAAACCUUUUAUGACAAAGGCACAUUGAAGAUACACUAUAAUGCCGUACACUUGAAAAUUAAACACCGUUGCACCAUUGAAGGAUGCAAUAUGGUCUUCAGUUCUUUGCGCAGCCGCAACCGACACAGUGCCAAUCCUAAUCCACGGUUGCACAUGCCCAUGUUGCGCAAUAACCGGGACAAAGACCUUAUCCGUGCCAACUCGACCACUGGUACAUCUGUCAUCUCAAGCAGCAAGAAUGGUGGCUUUACACUUACCAGCCCCGGGAGGCCACCACUGGGUUUCACUACUCCACCAGUAGACCCUUUGCUUCAGUCCCCUCUUCCAAGUCAACUGGUAUUCCCUUCCCUUAAGUCGGUUCAGCCAGUUCAACCGGUGCCCCCAUUUUAUCGAACUCUAGUGUCCCCAGCAGACCUCGUCAGUUCCCCAGUGUCACUGCCAACCAGUCCCAUCAUGCCCACCACUACCAAUAGCACCGCCUUGAUGGACCAGCAACAGCAGUUACUUGCUGCAGCAUCGGUUGCAUCCCACAAUAACGUACACAUGUCCGAAUCGGGUCCUGUGUCACACCGUCUAGCCACCUCCAAUGCCAGUCAAGACCUCAGUAUAAACAGUGACCCCACACCCAAAAAGAAACCUCGUAAAUCCAGCAUGCCAGUUAAGAUUGAAAAAGAAGUGAUUGAUGUUGCGGAUGAAUAUGAGGACAAAGAUGAAGAUGACGAUAAUAGUAUACAUCAUAACCUCAAUCAUCAACACACAUCUCUUCUGCACAACAACAUCAAAAUCAAUGGAAACUGCAAUAACAAAAACAACAACGGAAGUGGCACAGGACACCAAAGUGGGGGCAGUGGGCAGCAUUCUCCCUCCCAGGAUGAGAUGAGCCCAGGCCUAGCUCUCAGAGGAAUCAUGAGGCAGAGUGAAGAGGAAUGCAGAGAAGGGACUGGCAGUGACAGCAGGGGCGGUGCUUCUGAGCUACGGUGUAUGGACAGCUUCACAUCAGAGGAUCAAGACAAUGAGAGAGACUUUGAAAACGAGUCAGAAACCUCUGAUUCAAAGAUGUUCUACAGGGAUGAGCUCAUGGAUGCAGAUGAAGAGCAAAAGCACAACAGGGGUGGAAGGGGCCAGGACAAGGAGCAGGACAAUGAAAGUGGCCAUGAAACCCACAUGAGAAAAGAAGUCGAAGGAAAUGGCCAUUCCUCGCCCUCCCCUCUCCAUCCCCCCAUCAAAAUUAAAGAAGAACUCAACGAUCCAUCGUACGACAUGUUCUGCAUGAGCCAAUACGGCCUCUACAAUGGAGGCAUGGCAGCAGCAGCGGCUGCCGCAGCGAGCAUGGCUGCCCUGCAUGAGAGCUGGCACCAUAUCUCCUCGAUAGGAUACGGUGCCAGUCCCCCCAAGUUCCCUUCUUCCCAAUCACCGGAAGGGGAUCCGUGUUCAAGUCCUGAUCCCAAGAUCUGCUAUGUGUGCAAGAAGAGCUUCAAGAGCUCCUACAGUAUGAAACUGCACUACAAGAAUGUGCACCUCAAAGAGAUGCACGUGUGCACUGUGGCUGGCUGCAACGCUGCUUUUCCCUCCCGACGGAGCCGUGACAGGCACAGCUCCAACAUCAACCUGCACCGAAAACUGCUGACCAAAGAACUGGAUGACAUUGUCUUGGACCCCCGACUCACGCCACUGCCCAAGGACCUGCAAGCUGAGCUGCUGGCCAAGAUCUACGCUGGGCAUCAUACAGGCUUGGACCCCUUGACCAGACUUGGCAUCGGAGCCGCCGGCCUUCGGUUCCCCGGUCUGCCCCACAAUGGCCAUUCCCUUAUGAGCAACGAAUACCCUCACCAUUCUCUACACCAAGAACUGAAAAGCCACCACGCCAAUGGCUUCUUGCAGGUCCAGCCAGAUGAUUACAUGGUGUUGGACCUGAGCACCACAUCCAGUGUUCAAUCUAGCAGCAGCGUCCACUCCUCACACGAGUCAGAAGAGGGCAGCGAUGAGGGCAUCCUGUUAGAUGACCUUGAGGAAGAAAUAGAAGAAGAGGAAGAGGAGGGCAACAGCGAUGGCGAGGACUACUCCCAGCGGGCCGAGGAGCGGGGCGAAGGGGGACAUCAGGAUGAAACCGGAGAAGUAAGAGAAGGACGAGGUGAGGGUUUGGAUCCUUCCUCGCCAUUCCUCCUUUCAUCCACGGGGGCAAGUAAUGGCAGCAGUGGUGGGAUCCUCUGUAACAUCUGCCACAAAAUGUACAGCAACAAAGGGACCCUGCGAGUGCACUACAAGACUGUGCACCUGCGCGAGAUGCACAAGUGCAAAAUCCCAGGUUGCAACAUGGUGUUCAGCUCUGUGCGCAGCCGGAACAGACAUUCUCAAAACCCCAACCUCCAUAAAAACAUGCCCUUCUCUACAAUAGUAGACUGAAAAACGACUUGCAACUCAACCCUCCUGUCAGUCUGCCCACUCAUCCCCUCAUCCUUCAUCUUUAUUUCUCCUUUAAUUAGCUAUUAGUUUCGGCACAGGACCAUCAAAUCCAAGCAACAUGCCUGUAUUCUUCCUUGCUCUACUUUGUAAGUCAAGACAUUUCUAUCUCCAUUUAUAAAGUUAUUUAACUCUAAAUGCAGUUUAUCAUUGCGUGCGUUGACUUUUCCUUAUCUGGAAGAAAAGGAUGACAUUCAUAGGCAUGGAGUAUGCUUUGUAUUAAAAAAUGUUUUACAUCAUAGGCCCCCUUUACCUGUUCUUUUCUACCUUUCUGUGUACGUCCAUCUCCAAAGAACCCACUCAAACUCUCAUUUGUGAGUUUGCCUGCAGAAACUAUAGUAUUGAAAAAAAAAGAAAACUUUCUUGUUGUAUUUGUGUAAUUAUACCUUUUAAACGAACCCCUUACAAAAGCAUGACAGCUCCAUAUGUAAAUAUUGUCCCAAGAGGCUUUCGUUGUGAGAGUUGUGUUGAUGGUUGUUGGCUUCUUUUUUCUCUCCUUAUGGUUUUUAUGUUACAGCCAAGUACAAUACUUCAGCUGUAGGCAAGAAAGAGGUAGCAUCUUAAAAAGCUUGACUCAUUUAUGUUCGCUUCAACAAAGAGUUUAAAACUGAGUCCUAUGGGGAAAAAAAGAAUAUCAUGUGACUUGUUUUAAGUGCUUGUUAAAUAUUCAGAGUUUGCCGGCAUGCUUUUUUAGGCUCCAACACUGAUAUCAUUCUCUGUAUUUCUAUAGAAUUUUUUUUUGUGUCUGUUAUGUUUAUGAGCUUAAGUAUACCAAUUCAGUUUUUUGCACUUUGCAUCUAUAAAAGGGGAUGUGUAAUAUUAUUAUAAAGAGGACUUUUGCGAUGGUAAAUUUGGGUGUUUCUCAAGGUCAUUGGUGGCUACAGUGCCAAGGGAGGUGACACUGCCUUUAAGAUAUUUGUGCCAGUUUUUCUUUUUUUUUUUUUUUUCUUUUUGCACGUGCAUAAUUUUAAACACAGCAUCAAGACAUAAAGUACUUAAGUGAUUAAAUCUUCCCCAUGACUCUUAAGCUACGUUUACACCAGGUUCGGAAAUGUGCGUUUUGGCUUCCGCUUUCAAUGAUAAGACUCAAAUUUGGACGUCACUCCCACUCGAUGAUGUCAUCAAAAGUCACUGGUUAGCUACGUAAGCGCAGAGAUGCCAACUUUUGGGAAAAUACAUAAAAUCGGUUUUCUAACAUUAAAAGUCAUUACUUACAUUUAUAUGUAAACUUCUGUGCUUUCGAGUACACCCACGUGAAGAAAUGGGGUUCAUCCACGUGGCGGAGGGCUCUGCAUCUCUCCACAGUGAGGGUUAGCCCUGACAAGAACUAUUUCGGACAACUCUACCACGUCAAAUGCUCCUCCAAUUGGAGGGGUAGGGAGAAGUUGUAGGGGUAGGAGGAGAAUGUAUGCAAACGCGAGCAUAUAUGCGUUUUGGGAUUCAAAUUUCUUGCAUUCAAGCAUUGACUGUUAUUAAGUCUGUUUCCGGGCUCUAUGUAAAAAAAUGGGCUGCAAUUGAAUGUGUGGUAAAAGUUAAACCAGUUGAACUUUGGCCAAUCAGGAAUUCGAAUUUGGUAGUGACGUAUAUCUGGCGUCAUUUUCAACACACAGACAUAACGACCAUUUGAUAUUUGAUCAUGAAGGAGAAAUUAACAGCAGUUUACCCCAGUUGGAAUUAUAUGACACCAAGUCUUUCAUAUAUCAGAAUAGAGCUAUGAAAGAAAAAGCCCGGAGCGAGAUUUGCAUCGCUUCAAAAUGUUACUCUAAGCCUUUUCCAGCUUUGAGUAGAUGCGCUAGUUUGGGGUAGUCAGUUCAGUGUAAACACCGUCCAGUGCAUUCUUGAACUGCCACACAUGCCCGGUGUGUACGUAGCUUUAAAAAUCUUUGAAAAUUUGGUGUGAAUAAUUUUGAUCCCAGACAGGUCAGUCUAACUGCUGUUUCACAAACAGGGAAUUUAACAAAAUAAAGUCACCAUUGCUGAAAAUUGUGCUUCAACUUACGUAUGUGACUAUAAAGAGAAAGGAACAAAAAAAAAAAAUCCUUCAACUGUGACCAAAACAUGAGUGUUUAAAAUAAAGCUCUUUCAGUGGGACGUAGCGAUAGGGUCAUCACGCCCAUUUCGGUCAAUCUCACUCACUUGAGUCUUAAAACUUUUGCUGUGAAAAGUUGCUGGAAGUUAGCAUUGCUGAGUGCCGCCGUUGAGACACGCUCUAUUAAAGGUUUGCCAUUUUUCAUCUCUCUUUUUUUUAACGUGCCAAUUGCUGACUCAUGGUACAAAUAUUUCAAAUUAUUGGACAAACUAGCCAAGGGAAAGGGUAUUUAUUAGAGGGGGAUUAUAUCUUCAUUGAGAUGUUUUGUCCAGUGAACAAUAAUAUUGUAAAAAGACAAUUGUUAAUCAGUUGGACUUGUUUAUCAGUGUAUUCGCCAUGUGCUACUUCAAAAGGAGAUAUCUUCCUCAACUGGUGCUACCCGCAGCGGGAACAUAUGCAGUGUUAUGCGGUGUGCUGUAUAGUAUUCACCUUCCAUUUAUGUUUCAUUUUUCCCAGUUCAAACUUUAGUCAUAAUGCUGUAAAGACAUGACCUAUUUUAUUAAAUGUUUUUUAAAUACACAAACUCGAAACACAUGCGGUUUCUUAGUUGUCUUUUUAGAGAUGAGAGGGCAGGACAGCGAGGGCUGAAGCUGAUGGAAAGGUUGCGGAGGCGGAGGGCUGACUAGGGAGGAAAGGAUGACAGGAACAAUCAUUAAAAAUGUGCUGCUUCUCUGUUACCUGGAGGCGUCCCGCCAUCCCAGCUUCUUCUGUCUAAUAACUCACAUGUCACAUCGUUACACUGCCAGGCGUCAAGGGUGCUGACAGGACUGUGACACUGACAGUAGAAGAAAAGAAAGAAAGGAAAGCCGCGGCGCGCUGUGAACAAUUUAAUUUCACUCAGUCAAUUAGGUUGGAAUCAAUUCAUUUUCUAUGUGUGCUUAUUCUCCUGCAGGGAAGAUUGUAAUUUAAUUCGCAUCCUUCCUUUUGCCUGUGUUUUCCUUUUUGUCUGUCAGAGCUCAGUCAUUUAACAGCUGCCUCAUUCGUUUCUUCCACCCGCUACUCCCUUGCCGAGUCCACGCGCCACAGCGCGGAUCCUACGGGGACACACACUAAUACUGUAUGCUUAAGUUCAGCAGACGGCCAUGGCAUUGAAAAAAAAAAAAGGAUGGGUAAUUGCCUGUUUAUCCCAAGUGAAGGGAAAAUUGAGUACAGGAACCCCAGCCUUCUCCCUGGAGUGGGUUUCACAGAGCCGCUCGCCGCCUCAUUCACUCAUUCGCUCCCUCAGGUCCCUAUUCUGGCGCAGGAAAAAAAAAGUGGUACUGCGGAAACCCUGCUGACAGCUGCCUCUCUAGCAGACAACAGAGGAGCAAGCUCAGGACAACAAACCCGAGAUCACUCAUUUCUGCUCAUUUAGUUUACUGAAACAAAACAUUUGCACACAAAAUAAGGCCUUUUGCUCAAUGAGAAGAUACAAAAAAUCUUCAUUUACAGCAGAAAACCCAUUUGUGUUACAAAAAGAUGACACAAUUAUAUAUAUAUAUAUAUAUAUUAUAUAUAUAUAUAUAUAAUUUUGAGAAGUACUUAAUUCUGUAAAUUAGGUCAUUUUAGACACCAAGUUUCCCAAACUUGUGGGCAAAAGGGUGUCUGCAUGAAAGCAGCAGUGAGGCACACGAACCAGGAAUAUACUGAUUUGGCCACAGAUAAUUUGAUAAUUUUGGAAAAACCAAAUAAACCAUUUUCUCUCAUAUUUUAUCUGUUAACUGUCCAUGUGAUUACAUGCACCAAACUCUGCAUAUUUGAUCUUAAUGCAAAAAAUGCAUGCAAGUUUAAUAUAGUUAAAAGUAUGUAAUGUGAUUACUUUUCAGUUGCCCUUUGCUGUCAAGUUACAAUUUUAAGGAAAAGAUGUCAGUUAAUUAAAAAAAUCUGCUGUUUAGAAAGUAAAAUAAUAGCAAUUUAUUGUGUCUGUUCUCAGUAAUUGUUAUAGUACACACAAUUGUUAUGUCCUUUUACAUAAUUAUAAUGAUAAGAAGACAAAGCAAACAAAAAAUAACUGAUGUCAGAAUUAAUAAAGAUAAGUUUUGAAUACGUUUUUCAAAAAGAGCGGGUAAAAGAACAGAAAUUUGAAUAUAAAUCUAUCAACAAUCUUCCAGAAAUACAUUUUACUUUAGAACAGAAAUAUGUUUUUUUUUCAAUUGAAGGCGUAUUCAAUUUAAACUAAUUCCACCAACUAAAGUUAAUCUUUAUAUGAGCAGAAAUUAAAGCUUUAAAAGGAAACAAGUAUUACUUAAAAAACAAAAAAAAGUGUUUCGCUGGUUUGUGAGGGGGGAAGGUGACCAGAAUCCUUGCAACUGUCUUAUGCAGAACGAUGAGGCCACAUGCAGACAUUUGCACUCCUGACACCCUCCAAGAAAUGACGACAGACAUCCCUAAUCCUUAUAAGGAGCCUUUACUGGGUUUAAUGUUUUUAAAUUCUCCAGGUUAAAAUUCAUUCUGCUGCAUAUGAAAUGCGCUUUUGGACAACAUAGAUCUUAAAUAUUUGAUCCAAGCAGCAUUUAACAUCAGUUUGGUUUUGUUUAAACCACUGAGAGGGAGAGGGGGUGGAAGAAUGUCUCACUGGUUAAUUGCUGUCCAUUUCCGUCUUGUCACAUUGUCACAGAAUGAGUGAAGUGUACCAUGAGGAUGAGAGGCGACACUGCAUGCAGUCAAUGUAGCUUAUAGUUCAAACUGAGGUACUUUUCUUCCAUUUAAAAUAUGCAGACAGAAGCCGGUUUGUGUCUAAAGAAAGUUCCCUCAUAAAUUUCAACUGGAAUAUGUAAAAUUUGUGUUUAAAAAAAUGACAAUUCUCAAAAUGUUUUCCAUUCUUUUUUCAAAUAUGUUUUGCAGUCUUAAAGCAUUUAGUUGUGAGACAUAGUAAAUUUACAUUUCUGCCAUCUCUUGUGUUUUUGUGUGUCCCAAUGCAUUCGUUUUUGUCUUUAAAAAGCCUAUCCUAUAGCGCUGGCACUCAACAACGUUGCAUGGCUACAAAAUCGCACUGCAAAGAACCAAAAGAGCAAAGGAGCUUGUGUCACUUUGUUGUCAAAAGGGUAAUUUGGAAGCCUCAUCGAUACUGUAUGUUACUUAAGGAGGUGUUCCCCAUAUGUGGACAGUAAAAAAAAAAAAAAGAAAAAAAAAACUUUUUAAAAGACUGUUUUGUUUUUUUUUUUCUUUUUAGCUUUUCUUGUAUUUGUCUCUGUAUCAUAACUGUCUUUGGUUUUUGCAUAAAAUGCAUAAGGGUUUUGGGAUGUAAAUGGAAUUUUAUUCAUAUUUUGUCCAAAUACCUCUUGUAAUUUGUAUCAAAAUUCUUGUACAAUUUUUAUAUUAAAGAUUUAUCAGUGACUGGCA